AUGACCUACGAGGGUUAUUUCCUCAUUCACAGAUCCGCUAAUCAGAAUAAGUAUCUCUCAUAUCCUACUAAUGCAGAUUUCAGCUUUCUCGUCUUCGUGGUCGCAGUUCUUCUUUCGCCGAGCGUCAGGCCGGCGGCGGGGAACGGCCUCGAAAGGAAAGAGCGAUUCUUCCUGGCCAGUUACAGAACUACGACUCACACCGUGAUCAGCACAACGGUCACCACUGAGCCUUACCACUGUUUCUUUACCGCCACCGUCCCCGAUCUCUGCAUGCCACGCAAACUUCGCCGACUGCGCCGCCGCGAGAUCAGCGUAGGCGACAUACCAGACCCCGCUCUGAGCCCGAGCACGGACGACCUCGAUGUCACUUCUUCAGAAGCCAAAGACAACGUCUCCCCGGCCAGCCACAAGCUCUUCUUCACCGUGUGGAAGACGUCAACCUCCACGGCCGUCGUGACGAGCACCGCCAUCAACUCUUCCAUCACGAUCUCGGCCUCGGCUUACUGCACCUACGCGGGCUUCACGGGCCCGCUCUGCUAGGCCGCGCGUCAGCCGCCCGCUGCCUGCUUGUGUAGAAUAGAUCAUGCACUGAUGUGAAUGCAGAGUAGAAUGGUGUGUUAUCCUGCUUGACCCUGCUAUUAAACUUUAAUUUGUGA